GUCAUCUAUACAGACGGAUCUUCGCAGAGCAGGAAGCGACACUGUUCACCCUUAUGGACUGAUCUACAUGAUGUGAGUGAUUCAUGGUGCUUUGCGGUCUUUGCUGAACAAUACACCGAGGACACUGCUCAGGAGGAGCGACAGCUGGAAUUCAUUGGAGACCAUCUCAGAGUUGCCCACACACGCAGUCAUGCAGGGGAACCCUUCAACGAGCUUGUCGACUUCUUCGCCAAGUUGGAGGGACGCAACAGUCUGUAUCUGCCACGACAACAGAUCAAUAUGCAAACAUUUGGUCGCAUUCUACGCAUUUUGUGGAUUAUACUCCCGCAGGACGGAGAUCUUCCCACACUAUGCGAAGGAGGAAUUGCCAUCACUCCUCCAGAAGUCCCUACCACCAUGGUCUGCCCGGACACAACCGAAAAGGUGCACCUCCUUGACAAGAUCAUAGUCACACUCAGUUUUGCAUCGGCCAAUGUCAGAACCUUUUACUGGGGUCAAGACGGAGUGCCAGGCAAACUGCACUACGUGCGUGAACAAUUUCAACAUCAGCAUCUUCACUUUCUCGGCUUGCAGGAAACGCGUACAUCACAGUGCUCGGCAACUGCUGAGUCAGUCCUACGCCUGGCCAGUGGAGAUCGACAGGGACAACAAGGAGUCGAGCUGUGGGUGAACCUCAAACCCUACGGCUGGCACAACCAAGUGCCACUUUGCUUCUCCAAGUCUCAUGUUGUUGUCACUCACACGAGCCCUCGUUAUCUCUUGGCACACGUUUGCAAUGAGCAUGUAGAUUUCUGGAUUGCGGUGAUCUAUGCCCCGCAAAGUGGUAUUUCCCACUCUGAACGUGAAGAAUGGUGGCAUACUAUGACGACACUUCUCCACACAAUCAUUGGGGACAGAGAUCUGGUCUUGCUCAUCGAUGCGAAUGCGGCCACAGGAGAAGCUGAUGAUCAACAUGCAUUCCACAAUGAUGACAAAGCCACAAGCAGCACUCCCCUCCUUCGAGAUCUACUCGUAGCUCAACGGCUGUGCCUGCCUGCUACCAGUGACCGUCAUCAAGGAGAUCAAGAAACUUGGAUCUGCCCAGCCACCAAUCACGGUCAUCGCAUUGACUAUGUUGCCAUUCCCAAGACGUGGCUUUCAUCAUGCACUAUAUCACGAACCAUUCCAGAGCUGGACCUUGGCAAUCUCGGGGACCACACGGCUGUUGGACUUGAAGUACAAUGGACACAGUUCUCUAGGCGGGAAGACGGCUGCGCCAUCUUCGUCGCAUUCAAGCAAGGGAACUCUUGGCAAGAACCUUUGCGGCCUGGAAGACACCUCGAGCUGAAGUACCAGGGGAAGAGUUUAGCGGCUGGCAUCAUCGAGCACUUUGAGGGCUCAGCAACCCACAGCACCCGUGCUCUUCGACACAAAUACUUUGGACCUACUGCUACUGGAAAGAUGCACGUCCUCACCGAGAACGGCAAUCGUGAAAUCACAGUGGUUGUGUACGGCACAGAGUCUUGGACGCUGAUGGAUAAGGCCAACAAACACUAUUUUCACAGCGCCUACAUGAGACUCUAUCGUCGGCUACUGAAGAUCCAACCAGACCAACCGCUUACAGAUGAUGAACUUUUGUCCACAUUGAGCAUGCCCGCACCAACGACAGUGUUGCGAGUGUCCAGACUACGCUAUUUGGCACUCCUCUACAAAUGCGCAUCAGUCACCCCAUGGGCAGUGUUGCGCAAGCUGCAGCAACAUCUUCGCUGA